AUGGGUAUCCUCAUUCUUCGUUUCUACCUCAUUGCUUUUUUAUUUAAUGGAGCAGAUGGAUUCCAAACUCAAAGAACAUCUCAUAUGUAUGGCUUCAAAUUUUCUAACUACUCUUACUUAAACCUUUCAUCUAUACAUGAGGCACAAGCUCCAAAAACUUCAAGAGUCCUCAAUUUCUCACAUAAUGUUAUUGAAAAAAUAACCAGAAGAGACUUUGAAGGGUUUGUUGCUCUGGAAGUUUUAGAUCUUUCCUACAAUCAGAUUCAGGACAUUGAACCUGGUGCCUUUGAGAACCUACUCGGCCUUGUUUCUGUAAAUCUUUCAUUUAAUGACCACUUGCACAGAAUUCCUUAUCUUGCACCUCAUUUAACGUUCUUACAAACAGGUGAAACUUCUGGGAUUCCACAACAUAAUAUAUAUUUUGAAAGGUCAUCAGAAGCUGCUUUGGAGUCUUUUGUAUCAGCAGAAAAGCAGCGAUAUCCUGAAGAUUCACAUGGCCUGGUAAAUGGUCAUUCCAAGGUUAGUCGAACUGUAUGGGACCUUCAGGGAGUAGAUGAAAACAGAACGGUGUUUCCCUCAUCUACAUUAAGGCACAAGAUCUGUGGCAAGCCAAUAAAUGGAGUGCUUGAUCUGUCAAAAAGUAAUCUGUCUGAGGAAGAACUGACAGAAAAAAUGGAUGCCAGUCAUUGCAAAGAUCACCUGGACAGUGUUGUAGAACUGAAUAUAAGUCACAAUAAUCUGGAAAUUGAUCUCUUAUCACUAUUUAUCCUCCUUCUUCCAAUGGAAAAUGCACAGUCGAUUGAUGCUAGUUACAACAAAAUAACAAUCAGCAAUAUAGAGCUUGGAAAAAUUUGUGACUUUCCAAUCCGCAGGCUUCUGUUUGUAAAUAUCAGUAACAAUCCCCUAAACAGUUUAGAUACAGUGUGUCUGCCUUCAACUAUUAAAAUAAUUGAUUUAUCAUACACAAAUAUAAAUCAUAUACCCAAAAAUUUUCAUAAAAAAUUAUUUAACUUGGAAAGAAUAUAUGUUCAAGGAAAUCAGUUCAUCUAUACUGUGAAUUCAGACAACUCUGGGAAAAAUGUAAGCAAGUCCCAGCCUGGAACUGUACGUAUAGCUGCACUCUCGUUGGUUAAUACCAGAGAAGGUACACCUAUUGAAAGCCUGCCAGAAAAAGUAAAGUACUUGAAAAUGUCUAACUGUUCUAUUGUGGAACUCCCCGAAUGGUUUGCUCAUAAAAUGAAAAAACUGCUAUUUUUAGACCUUAGCAAUAACCCCAUCUCUAAACUCCCUGACUUACCAAGCUCUCUGCAGCAUCUGGACUUAAGCAACAGUGACAUUAAAAUAAUACCACCUAGUUUUAAAUCUCUAUCCAAUUUAACAGUGUUUAAAAUUCAAAGCAAUAAAAUUACAGACUUCUCUCCUGCAUAUUUUCUGUUAACUUUGACAGAAUAUGAUGUUAGUAAAAAUAAGCUAAAGGUGCUAAAUUUAAAUGAAAACCUGAGGAAAGCUGAAUUUCUCAACAUUUCUGGAAAUGUAAUAACCCAAAUAGAUACCACCAGCCCACUUUCUGCACUCACUAAUCUAGAUGGCAGUCACAAUUUAAUUUCAGAGCUCCCAGAUCACUUUGCAGAAUUUCUUCCAGUACUGAAAUAUUUUAACUUAUCAGGAAAUAAGAUCUCAUUUCUACAGCCUGGAUCUCUCCCAGAAUCCUUGGUUGAAUUAGACAUUAGCAACAAUGCCAUUACUACAAUAGUGGAAGAGACUUUUGGCCAUUUGACAAAACUAAAUGUUUUAACUGUUCAAGGAAAGCAUUUUUUCUGUAACUGUGACUUGUACUGGUUUGUGAAUACAUAUAUCCAUAGCCCACAGUUGCUGAUAAAUGGAAGAGAAAGUCUUAGAUGCAGCUUUCCACCAGAUAAAAGGGGUGCAUUGGUUGAGAAAAGCAAUCUAACGCUUGUGCAUUGUUCCUUUGGCAUUCAAAUGGCUAUUACGGCUUGUGCAGCCAUAUUGAUCAUGUCAGUAAUAACAAGCUUAUGCUGGCAUUUUGAUGGACCCUGGUACAUAAGGAUGGGCUGGUACUGGUGCAUGGCAAAACGGAGGCAAUAUGAGAAGAGGCCCGAAAACAAGGCCUAUGAUGCUUUCAUUUCAUACAGUGAAAAUGAUGCAAGUUGGACUAAAGAGAAUUUGUUGGAAAAACUGGAAACAAAGGGGUUUAAAAUAUGUUACCAUGAAAGAGAUUUCAAACCCGGGCAUCCAGUUCUUGGGAACAUUUUUUAUUGUAUAGAGAACAGCCAUAAAGUCCUGUUUGUUCUCUCUCCCAGCUUUGUAAACAGCUGCUGGUGUCAGUAUGAGCUGUAUUUUGCCGAACACCGGGUUCUGAAUGAAAAUCAAGAUUCCCUCAUUAUGGUUGUGUUGGAAGACCUCCCACCCAACAGUGUGCCACAGAAAUUCAGCAAACUCAGAAAACUCUUGAAAAGGAAAACCUACUUAAAAUGGAGCCCUGAAGAACAGAAACAAAAAAUAUUCUGGCACCAGCUAACAGCUGUCCUGAAAACAUCCAAUGACCCAAUUGUAUUGAAAGCCGAAAAUGGACUGAAUCAAGAUACAUAUGAGAUGGAAUGCCACUAGAACAGGGGUUUGGUGAGCAGGAUGCAGCCCACCAAAUGAAUUCAUUUAAGCUGUGAAGCUUAGAUAUCAGUGACUGGCCAAUAUGCGUGUUAGCAGCAACAGCAGGAAGAAGCAGUGGCAGUGGCUGGAUUGGAAGCACCAGCCCAGCUCAGACUGAGCUACAUUAUUGCAGCCCAUCUCUUCAGAAAGGUUGCUGACCCCUGGAGUAGAAGAAUACAUUAAGCUUGUAAUCGGAAAUUAUGCGGCCAAAUAAAAGCAUAUUGCAAUGUUUUUAAUUUCUGCAAAGCCUAUUGUUUUGAAAUUUGGAAGUAGCUCUACAAAUUGAUUAAUCCAAUGAGAGGUUAAUUAUUAAAAUACAUUCUCCCAUGUGUCUUCCUUCUUUCUUAAAAAGAAGCUAUCAUCCAGCCAAAUUUGAACAUUUAUAAGAUAAAGUCAUCACUUUUUUAGGUUUGAUUUUAUUUUUCUAUAGCAGUUUUAAAUUUCUUUAUGGUUUCAUGAAGUGUAGCAGACUUUGCUUUAACCAAAGAGAAGCUCAGGUCGUAUUACAUAACCUAAAUAUCUUCUUGGACCAUAGAAAAAGGUAACCUUCUUCAAAGGCACAGAUGCAGCUAACAUACUGAGAUCCAACAUUGCUGGAAUUGUGGUGAACCAUGAGAUAGAAGACUAGGGCUUCAGAGCACAAGUUCCUCAGACUGACAAAUGUUUUGCUGUCCAGGAAACCCACACACUGUCAGUCACUAAUAUAUCUUGAAAUGUCCUCAAACUUCUUUUAUAGACAAAAAAAAUCACAGUAAAUAAUAAUACAGAGUAUUUAAAUAGCACUUUUCACCUAUGGUUCAUGAAAUCCUAUAUAAUGAGGAAGAGAAAAAAAAUCUAGUCAUACACACAAUCUGAAAUUGUGUUCCAAGCUAUUUCAAGUCCAUACUGAGAGACCUUAUCCAGUAACUAAAGUACUGGCAGUAGAACAAAUUGCAGACAGUACAAUGAGGGGUACUACCAAACAGAACACAGACUCAUAGAUUCAAUUGUUAGGGGCUGGAAGGGACCUCACAAGAUCAUCAGGUCCAGCCCCCCUGCACUAGGCAGGAAGGACAACUGGGGUCAAGUGACUGUCCAGUCUCCUCUUCAAGAUUUCCAGGGUAGGCGAUUGCACCACCUGUGGACGGAAGCUUAUUCCAUAGUCUGGACACCCUGACUGUGAAGAAGUUUUUCAUAGUGUUAAGCCUGAAACAGUCUUCCAGGAGUUUGUGGCCAUUACUCCUGGUUUUCCCCAAUGGUGCCCUGGUGAACAGUUGUUCACCAAGCCCUUGAUGUAUUCCCCUGAUAUAACAGUAAGCUGCUACCAAGUCUGUAGUAUUGCAGUGACUAUAAUUGGUUUGAUUGCUUAUCUUGUUAUUGACUAUAAUUGCUUUGACUGUUUAUUUUGUUAUUUAUCUUUUUAUAUAAGGAAAAGAUUUAACGAUUAAGAUAAAGUUAAUCUUGUUAUGAUUUACUUUUUACUAUAAUUUGAUCAGUCAUUAUUAGUGCUUGGAAUUAGCCAUCUAUUUUAAAUUUCCUAUUGCUUACCAUAAAUGUAUUUGACCUAUUGGUCUCAUGAAUUUAGAACUUAAAUUUAGUAUAAGGGAAAUGCUUGUGUAAGGGUUUGCGGUAUGUCUGGCGUAUGUGGAAAGAGGUAACGAAAGAACGAACGAUGCACAUAUGUGAUAGCGUGGAGGAAGACAGUCCUUUUGCAGCAAGUGAAAAUACCCUUCUGUGGUUUAAUGCUUAAGGUCUGCAGCCAUGUCGAGUCAGCAGCGAAGGAUUACCAAACACUAAAUCAUGCUCCAUCCUGAUGACUGAAGACUACAAGUGACAGCCCCUGAAGAUUGCAAAUCACAAAACCAGAAGAUCAUAAUCUACCAAUCCCAGCCUGCCAACAGGACAAGAAGGAUGGCCGUCGCGUCUGACUCCGCAGAAUCCGUAGGCUUGUAUGGACAGCUGUUACUAUAAAGAAUGAACACAAAGAUAAGGUUUUGGGUCUCUUCCACCUGCAAGAAGGAGUUUUGGGUGCGUCCAACAAGACCUGACUCCAACUCUGUUGGUCAGCCUGGCCGGCCACCAGACUGACUUUGAGCAACUUUAAAAACUUGGUAACACCUUAACCUUUGCAGGACUGUCUAAUUAUUUGUGUGUGUUUGUUUGUUUCUUUGUAUGAAUGAAUAUGCAUGGGAAUGAGUGAAGCAAAUAACCUUACUGUUCUUUAUUCUUUUCAUGUUGCAUGUUUUAUGUUCCGAUAAAUGCGGCGUUGUGCCUUAUCCCCUGAUAA